AGNCAAUGGCAGCGUUACAUGCGGUCAGAUGGCAUCCGAGCCAAGAACAGGCCCCAUGUUCAGACAACUAACGAUAGCCGCUGUGGCACUGUCACUGGCNNAUCUACUCAAGUAUCGGCUAAGCCCAUCCAACGUAGAGCAGCUGGCGAUUCAGCAUUCGACUAUAUUGUCGUUGGAUCAGGUCCUGGAGGUGUCACAGUCGCCGACAAGCUUUCAGAAAGCGGUGCAUCAGUAUUGUUGAUUGAGAAAGGUCAAGCGACGACAGGUCAAUGGAACGGCAACAACAGACCUCAAUGGUUGGACAACACAGGCUUGACCUUCUACGAUGUUCCUGCCCUGGACAACAUGAUCUGGACGAAAGGAGGAGAUUUUACUAACGACAUCUUUUGUAACGACAUCGUUGGUGGUAUCUCGGGCUGUGUUCUCGGUGGCAGUGGUGCCAUCAACGCUGGUCUCUGGUGGAAGCCUUCAUCCUGGGAUUGGGACACCUUGUUCCCUGAGAAGUGGAGCAGCGCCAACAUGGCCAACGUUACUGAUCGCGUCUUCUCGCGCCUGCCUGGCACUGAGGUUCCCUCCCAAGACGGAAAGCUCUACUACCAGCAGGGUGCUGAUAUCAUCGAGGGUGCCUUGAGUGCCGCAAACUGGACCGAAGUCAGUGCCAACAGCGUUCCUGAUGAGAAGAACAGAGUUUACUCCAACACUACCUUCAUGUACCAGAAUGGCGAACGCAGCGGACCCAUGUCUGUAUACCUUGGAUCUGCCUACUCUCGCCCCAACUUCUCGCUCUACACCAACGCCAUUGUCGACAGAGUCAUUAGAGAAGGCUCUAAGAUUACCGGAGUUGAAGUUUCGAACACAUCCCCCGAUGGCUUCAGAGGCACCGUCAAAGCAAACAAGGCCGUUGUCCUUGCUGGUGGCGCAUUCGGUACUCCCAAGGUCUUGAUGAGAAGUGGAAUUGGCCCAAGAGAUCAGCUCGAGACUGUCCGCAACGCCGAAGGCUCAAAGAUGAUCAAUGAGGACCAGUGGAUUGACUUGCCCGUCGGCUACAACCUGAUGGACAACAUCAACACCGAUAUUGUCGUUUCUCACCCUGACGUUGUCUACUACGAUUUCCCUGGUCUUUGGAACAACCCUAACCAAGGAGAUGUUGAUGCUUACCUUAAUGGUCGCACUGGAAUGCUUACUCAGUCUUCGUCCAACUUGAACCCCAUGAUUUGGGAGAUGCUGAACGGCACCAAUGGCCUUCAGGGCUUGCAGUGGACUGCUCGUGUCGACACAUCCCUUAAUAUCAACAAUGACGCUAAGCACAACAUGGUUCUUGCUCAGUACAUUACCAUUGGUCAAGCUGCCAGAGGUCGUACCACCAUCACUUCCGACCUCAAGAUGAAUGUCUCGACCGGUGUAUCCGUCAUGGAACACGAGUCCGACCAGAUCGCCAUUGCUCAGGGUAUCGAAGACAUGGUGAAUGUCCUCAAGAACGUGCCCGGUCUUGAGAUCCUCUCGCCUCCUUCUGGCAUGUCCGCUUUGGACUACGUCAAGUCGACUACUCACCUGUACGUCAACCACUGGUUGGGCAGCUGCAAGAUGGGCAAUGACGAUGGCCGCAAAGAAAACGGCACUUCGGUCGUUGAUGCAGACUCGAAGGUUUAUGGUACUGACAACUUGUUCAUCGCUGAUGGCUCCAUCUUCCCUGGCCAGACGACCUCGAACCCUCAGGCUGCCAUUACCAUUGUUGGUGAGCGUGUUGCAGAGCUCAUCCUCGCACUCGACCGGUAG